GUUGCGUCACUUCCCCUAUGAGCCACUGACGUGUCUGAUCGUGAGCGUUGAUUCUGACUGCAGGCGAGCAGAGCUGCGCACGUUCACGACAGCGCAGGGCAACUUCAGAGCACAUAUUUAUUUUUUAUACGCGUUUGGUUUUUGUUGAACGGUGUUUGUUUUGUUCCCCGUGGUGUCGGCUUCAUUGGUGACUGGCAAAGAUGCUGGACUUCUUCGCCAUCUUCAGUAAAGGGGGGAUCGUGUUGUGGUGUUUUCAGGGCGCCGGAGUGACUGAAUCUUUUACCGGGCCUGUGAACGCGCUCAUCCGCUCCGUCAUCCUACAGGAGAGGAGUGGAAAUAACUUCUUCACCCACAACACUCUCAGUCUAAAAUACAAGUUGGACAACGAGUUUGAGCUCGUGUUUGUGGUGGGUUUUCAAGCAAAUCUGAUGCUGAAGUACGUGGACAAGUUCAUAGAUGAUGUCCAACUCCACUUCAGGGAUCGAUACAAAAAUGAGCUGGAGCAGAGAGGAGCUCUAAAGUUUCUCCUCAAUAAUUAUGAGUUUGGAGAUGACUUCCACAGACUUCUGCGGGAGGCGGAGGAAAGCAGCAAAGCCAAGGGCCCCGCCAGUAUGAGGACUUUCGAACAGUCCCAGAAAUCCAAGAAAACUGUGAAGUCUAUGAUCGAGACCAAGGAUGCAGACAAAAGCAAGGAGCAAGGAGGAAAGAAAAGUAAAAACGCCAAAAAGGAAGCUGAAUCAGGAGGGGAUAAAGCUAAAGCUGCCUCGCAGGCUCCCGCAAAAAAAGCAGUGGAGAACGGGAGUGAGAGUCUGACCCAGGAUGAGAUUGAGAGGAACCGUGCCAAGUUCAUCAGCAAACAGCUGGGUGGAGGAAAACCAGAAAAGCCCAGUAAGUCCCCUAAACCUCAAGGGAAGCCAAAGGGGAAGGUGAACCGUGUGUGGGAUAUGGGCGGGAAGAGUUCUGGAGAGCUGGACUACAGUGGAACCAACGGCAACAACUCCAAUGACGCAAAGUCUGAAGACAAUGAUGCAACAGCUGAACCGGCCAUCCAGGUGGAGUCAAUGAAAGGUGACCUGCGAGGUGUGGAUUACGAGUCUUCAGAUGAUGAGGAUGAAGAAGUGGAGGAGGAGGAGAAGAAGGUGGUGGUCACAAACACUAAGAAGACAGGAGCUAAAAGGAGUGGUUUUGGGGGGAUGUUUGGGAUGCUGAAAGGCCUGGUGGGAUCAAAGAAUUUGACUCAGGAGGACAUGGAGCCAGUUUUGGACAAGAUGAAGGACCACCUCAUCGCAAAGAAUGUAGCAGCCGAAAUCGCCUCUCAGCUCUGUGACUCUGUGGCCAAGAAACUGGAGGGCAAAGUCAUGGGCACGUUCACCACGGUGGCCUCUACGGUAAAGCAGGCUCUGCAGGACUCACUGGUGCAGAUCUUGCAGCCUAAGCGACGUGUGGACAUCUUGAGAGAUGUGCUGGAGGCUCGUUCUCAGCGCAAACCCUUUGUCAUCACCUUCUGUGGGGUGAAUGGUGUUGGAAAGUCCACCAAUCUUGCCAAGAUCUCUUAUUGGCUGAUUGAGAACGGCUUCACUGUGCUGAUCGCGGCCUGUGACACGUUCCGUGCUGGAGCGGUGGAGCAGCUGAGGACUCACCAGCGCCGGCUGAACUCUCUACAUCCACCUGAGAAACACGGAGGCCAGCCCGCCGUCCAGCUCUUUGAGAAGGGCUAUGGCAAAGAUGCUGCGGGGAUCGCCAUGGAGGCCAUUGCCUUUGCCCGUAACCAGGGAUUUGACGUGGUGUUGAUCGACACGGCAGGCCGUAUGCAGGAUAACGCUCCGCUAAUGACGGCUCUGGCCAAGCUGAUCGCCGUCAACACCCCGGACCUGGUGCUGUUUGUGGGAGAAGCUCUGGUGGGCAAUGAGGCUGUGGAUCAGCUGGUUAAAUUUAAUCGAGCCCUGGCUGAUCAUUCCAAGUCAGACAAGCCUAGACUUAUUGACGGCAUCGUCCUCACCAAGUUUGACACUAUUGAUGACAAGGUGGGAGCUGCUAUCUCCAUGACGUACAUCACAGGUCAGCCCAUCGUGUUUGUGGGCACCGGGCAGACGUACAGUGACCUGCGCAGCCUGAACGCCCGGGCUGUGGUGAGUGCACUGAUGAAGGCCUGAGAUCAUCCGCUUCUGCCGGCUCUCCACAGUGACCCUCUCAGCCUACGUGUUGAAGUAAUAGGUGUUUAUUGCUUUCCUACAGGUUUAACUGAAAUUCAGUUCAUAUUUAGGACUUUUGUGUUUUUGUUCCAGGAAAAAAAGGUGUUUAAUUCAGUUUAAUGAGUGGAAGGAUUAUCAUUUGACUUGAUUUCACCUCAGCCACCAUAUUUGAUUGACAUGCAGACCAGCCAAUCAGACAACAGCACUAAUAUAUGACGGUUUUUACAUUUGAGAUGCUAAUAAGUGUUUUUGCACUUAGUUUUGUUCGAUACAAACAAGUGUUCUUAUACUUUCAGCUUACCAAAAAAACUCAAAUCAAGAUGGACUGAGGUGUUUUCAGAUGUUAUACAGUAAUAUAUUCUAAAUGUAUUUUUGUCUAUUUUUAUUUGAUUAAGUAAGUAGGUACAUUCAAGAUCCAAACCGUUUCAUGAAUUCACUACCAUAGUGCCUCGGCUCAUUGCAUUACAGUUGUUCCUGAAUCGAUUGCGUACAUAAACGCUGCCUUUUCUCGUUCUUUUUUUUUUUUUACUCAGGCUUUUCAUAUCGCUGGAUAUGAAAGGUAUUAAAAGGUAUUGAAAGAUCUGGCGCGUGAGAUUUCGAAGGCGCCUCGGUAAAGACUUUAAAAAUGCUGCGUUAAACCAAACUAUCCCUACGAUGUUACAUAUUUGUUUUAAUUGAUCAGUGACUGUACUGCCAUUUCCCCUUUAUCGUUUUAUUUUAGAACAAAGUCAGGUCUUAAUUUUCUUGCACCUCUUAUUAAUUUGUGCUAGCACAAUGGCAAGACUGGAGAGCUUCAUAGAGAAGAUUUGUCGUACUUUAAGAAUGUGUAAUAUUUCUUAAAUAAAGCUGCUAUAAUAGCCUGUA